AUGUAUCUGCCCUCGCGUGACAGCUGGCCGGCUGGUGAUCGUCGUACCUACAGGGUUUCCCCGUGCGAGCAAAAUGUGCCGCCGUCCGCAUCAGGUGUGCUGAAGGUUCCCGGACAAGGGCGCAUCCAGUCGUGGCUGUGUGCGGAGGACAUAGUGCUCCGUGAAACUGCGAGCAUAUGUCAGGCUUCUGGUCUUGUGGCCACAGACAGCAGCCACCUGACAGAGGGUCUGUAUACGUCUGUGUUUGCUUGGAGCGGUGCAUGCCUCGUCAACAGGACUGACGAGCCACCUUAUGCUGCAGGAACCAUGCGCUCCAAGACUUUCUGA